GGCUCGCCGCUGCGUUCGAUCCAGAACAGACAGAGCACCUGCGGGUUUUAACUGUUUACAUUCCGAGGGAGAUAGUUUUCGCUAGUAAACACUUUUCUUCGCAGACACUUUAUACAUUUUUGUUUAAUACUUUGGAGUAUGUUUUUGAUUUGUACUGGUUUUAAAAGUUUCUCUAUGGAACACCGUGGCACCAAAAUUCAAGUUGAAAGUCAUUUCAACCAGAGAGAUACUUUUAGAGAAUCUUGAAGUUCUCAUCCAAAACGGUUAGGGUGGAGUUCACCUAUCUUGUGUUCACUUCAUUGGUUUUCAACACAUUCUGUUUCAACUUUACAUUCCUGUGAUUCCAACUGCAAUUCAUCAUGGUUGGAUUCAGAGCUGGUGAUGUGCCUCCUACAGCCACUGUGAAGUUUAUUGGUGCAGGAACUGCAGCCUGCAUUGCAGACCUCUUCACAUUUCCAUUGGACACCGCAAAAGUUAGACUUCAGAUUCAGGGGGAGACCAUAAGUCCCGUGAACACAGGCCAUGGUCCAGUGAAAUAUCGUGGAGUGUUUGGCACGAUCAGCACCAUGGUGCGUGUCGAGGGGCCGCGCAGUCUCUACAGCGGAUUGGUUGCGGGACUGCAGCGUCAGAUGAGCUUUGCCUCUGUACGCAUCGGCCUCUAUGAUUCCGUCAAGCAGUUUUACACCAAAGGCUCAGAUCACGUUGGGAUUGGCAGUCGGCUGAUGGCUGGGUGUACGACCGGAGCCAUGGCAGUGGCUCUGGCCCAACCCACCGAUGUGGUGAAGGUACGAUUUCAGGCUCAGAUCAGCGCUGGUGCCAAUAAACGUUACCAUGGUACUAUGGAUGCAUAUCGGACCAUUGCAAAGGAAGAGGGGUUUCGUGGUUUGUGGAAAGGAACUGGCCCAAACAUCACCCGCAAUGCCAUAGUAAACUGCACUGAGCUGGUGACCUAUGAUCUCAUCAAAGAUGCACUUCUAAAAUCAUCGCUGAUGACCGAUGAUCUUCCCUGCCACUUCACAUCUGCAUUUGGAGCUGGUUUCUGCACCACAGUUAUUGCUUCUCCUGUUGAUGUUGUGAAGACAAGAUACAUGAACUCCGCCCCGGGCCAGUACAGCAGUGCCCUCAACUGUGCUGUAGCCAUGCUGACUAAAGAGGGACCAAAGGCUUUUUACAAGGGAUUCAUGCCAUCGUUCCUGAGGCUGGGCUCCUGGAAUGUGGUUAUGUUUGUCACCUAUGAACAGCUGAAACGGGCCAUGAUGGCAGCACGCCAUAACUGGGCCACUCCUCUUUAGGUAGCUAGUGCAGUUAGUUGAGCAUUGGUGAUGUGGUUCUGACUAUCUUUUUUUUUUUUUUUUUUUUUUUUUUUUUUUUUUUUUAAGGUUUUCGGUAAGAACUGUUUACAUGUCCAUUAAACUUGAUUUUUGAAUUUUACUCUUGUGACUUUCUUGUGCUAAAAAUGAGUCCCUCAACACCAAUUUCAAAUUAAAGUAUUUUGAGUUGAAACGUAUUUAAUGUUUGUAUUCAUGACCGACUGGACUUUAAGAUGCCUGAAUGAGUUUGGAUGAGAGGGCUUGUUUUAAAAGCCUUUUCUUCUCAGGUGAGAGCUUCUCUGGGAAUUGUGUAAUGAAGCGCAUGAUCAGGUCCCCUCUCUUGGACUGGUUGUUGGCUAGUGGCAUUCCUUCCCCAGUCACAAUUUUGGUGUACUGAGGGCUAUAAUAUAAAGAAAAAACUAUGACAUUUUCAUUAAGAAAACUACAGCGUUUUGUUGAAUGACAUUGAAGUAUUUAUUUGACCAAUGUCAAAGAGGGAAGGAAAUGGUUACUCACUGCACAAUGUCAUUGAUGGGGAUGUUGAGAAGCCUGCCAUCUAGUGUCUCAACUUCUACUGAGAAACCAGUCAAAGCCUGCAGAGUUACCACAAAUGUUUAUUCAAAAUUAUAUUAAACUAAAACAAUGAUUCAA